AUAGCAUACACUACACCCUUACUCGAUCAGCAAUUCAACUAGUGUAAUUCUUUAGAGAAAGGACAUGCUGUGAGACAACACGGUAGGGAGUCUGUGUGGCAGCCAACAGCUCUAGAAUGUCAAACAUUUAUACAAUAAGAGCUAUUCUCUGUGGUCAGUGGUCCUCUAGUGAAAGACUAGAUGGCAAAACGGUUAUCAUUACUGGAGCCAAUGCUGGCAUUGGCAAAGAGACAGCAAUGGACCUGGCAAAGAGAGGGGGCAGGAUAAUCUUGGCCUGCAGAGACUUGGGCAGAGCUGAGGCGGCACAGAGAGAGAUCAUUGAGAAAUCUGGAAACCCCAACAUUGUGACCAGAAAGAUGGAUUUGUCCGACACAAAGUCCAUUAGAGAAUUUGCAGAGUUAAUCAACAGGGAGGAGAAACAAGUGAACAUUCUUAUCAACAAUGCUGGGAUCAUGAUGUGUCCAUACUCUAAGACCGCAGAUGGCUUUGAGAUGCAGUUUGGAGUGAACCAUUUGGGUCACUUCCUGCUCACCUUCCUGCUGAUUGAUCUGAUAAAGAGAUCCAGACCAGCCAGAAUCAUCAACCUGUCCUCCAUGGCUCACAAAUGGGGUUGGAUACAGCUAGAGGACAUCAACAGUGAGAGGAGCUACCACUCCAGAAGAGCAUAUGGACAGAGCAAAUUAGCCAACAUCCUGAGUAUACGGUCCCUGGCCAAGAGACUAAAAGACACUGGAGUGACAGUUUAUGCAGUCCAUCCAGGUAUAGUGAGGACUGAGCUGAAGAGACACAUGAAUUUAGCUCUGCUGAUAUCCUGGAAGAUUGUCAGACCUUUCACCAAAACUAUUGUACAAGGUGCCCAGACCUCCAUCUACUGUGCUGUGGAGCCAGAGCUGGAGAGAGAGAGCGGUGGAUAUUACAGUGACUGUAAACCCUCCAGCUGUACCAGGGCUGCCAUGGAUGAUGAGAUGGCUCAGAAACUAUGGGAACUCAGCUGCCAAAUGCUUGGGAUAACAUGGGACUGAACAUCAUCCUUGAAUAUCAUUAUAGAUAGGCUAGAAUAUGUCAAUUGUUUGAAAAGUGCAUGCCUUGAAUGCUUACACAAUAGGUUAUACUAUAGAAUCUAUAGUUAUACUAUUGUUAUGCAUACUAUGAAUAUGAAUGCUGUAUACGCAGAGCUUGACUUGGGAUGAAAUUGGUCCAUUAGACUAUGUACACAGAAAUUCCCAAAUUGCAUUAGCCUAUGUUAUAGAGACCUGAUUAUUCAGUGUUAAGGGUUCAUACUCAGUUUGACAGAUGGAAUUUCAUAACUUUUCCAUGACUUUUAACCAAAUUUCCAUGACCAUUAAUUGGUGGCAUCUCUAUGUAGCCUACAUGGAAAAAGUCAGCAUAAAUGUGGUAUUGACACUAGAAGGCUGCUGGUCUCCGAUCACAUGUAGCCCUACUAGCUCCUGUCGCUGUGCCCUUGAUCAAGGCACUUAACCCCCCACAAAGUAGAAUAACUGCACUGUUAAUUAAAACCUCUAUAGGAUCGGUGUCCCCCUGCAGGACGGUUGAGCUAACAUGCGCUAAUAUGAUUAGCAUGACGUUGUAAGUAACAAGACCAUUUCCCAGGACAUAGACAUAUCUGAUAUGAGCAGAAAGCUUAAAUUUGUGUUAAUAUAACUGCACUGUCCAAUUUACAGUAGCUAUUAUAGUGAAAUAAUACCAUGCUAUUGUUUGAGGAGAGUGCACACUUAUGUCCAUGAAAAUGUAUCAAUAAACUAAUUAGGUACAUUUGGGCAAACUUGAUACAACAUUUUGAACCGCAAUGCAAUGGUUCAUUGGAUUAGUCUAAAACUUUGCACAUGCAAUGCUGCCAUUUAGUGGCCAAAAUCUAAACAGUGCCUAAACUGGAACAAUACAUUGUGGCCUUUCUCUUGCAUUUCAAAGAUGAUGGAACAAAAAACAAAUGUUAUUUUCUUUGUAUUAUCUUUUGUGUUAUAUUCUCUAUUAAUUACACUAGCUAUAACAUUUCCACCUUCUUUAAACAUUGAGACAUCAGCUGUGUUUGAAUACCCAUACUAUUGGUUAAUUUUAGUAUACUAACAGUAUCCUUUCAGUUGCGCGUACUAGAGCUACGCCUGUCUACCUGAAGUUGAUGCUGUUGCUUUGCAACCCCUUGUUAGAAUAACAAAUGACUAGAUAGAUCCUUUAUGACUUCGGGUGUGUUCGUAAAUUUAAUCUGGAGUGCCAGAGAGCACUCAUAGUGCGCUCUGGGCAUUCGUAAAUUCAGAGCUUUUCAGAUUGUCAGUUCAUAAAUUCAGAGCGUUUCGCUCUUGGAUCGUUCUGAGUGCACACUGGACGAUCUGGCCGACAGUAGGGUUGAUCCAAGCGUUCAGACCUUACAACAGCAGUCAAGCACCUAAACUAACUGGCUAGCUUGCUAGCUACUUUCAGACACAAAUGAGAGAGAACCUCACUCUGACCAUUUUACUCGCCCUAGCAGAGCUGUUUAGGCUGUUUUCAUGCUGCUGGCAACAAUUUAACGCUUUUUUGCCAAAGUUAACUGACACCGGCCAUGUUCAACGGGUGUUGAGCGUUACCAGUUAUUCAGAUGAACGCACCCGAAUUAACAAGGUCCAUAGAGAACGCACAACGACUAUACCAUUUAGCUAAGCAUGACGUGCAUAAUCAAGUGAAUACAAAUCGGGUAGUUACAUAGCAUAUAUGUUAAUAUACUGUCAAGUUCAAUGUAUUAGUAGCCAACUAACGUUAGGUAGCUAGCAAACAUACCGGUACAUACUGCUGUAAUGAUAUGCUAAACUCAGUAAAAAAAAGAAACAGC